CUUAAUUUCUGUGUCAUCUUUUCCCUUCUUUGGUCCCACCGGUCCUCUACUCGGAGAGGAAAGCUGAGGAACCACGAAGAAGUUUAUGAAAACAAGAAAUUACCUGGUAACAUUCCCGGCCCAGCUGAACUUCCCCUCCACUCAGGAGGUUUGUUUGGAUCUGAGAGCUGGCAGCUGGCAGAAAUUCACGGUUACUAUGGAGACCAAAGACAAGACCCAGAACUUGCUAGAACUUUCUGGAUUGAAAAAGGCCGGCUUACAGUGCAUCUCCCUUGUAGUAAGUACAGAUGCAGCAAUCUCUGACUUUCUGCCUGCACCCUGGCUGCUGACCAUAACUGACCUAACUGGGUUAACAGCUGAAUGAUGGGUUCACACACUUUUUCAUGACGGAACCUGUGCACCCUCUGGCCUACAGCACGGAGGGAGUUCAAAGAAACCGACCCGUAUCGCCGCGUGAGCUGUACUUCUCUGACUUUCAUUUGCACGUGUCUUAUGCCAGGCACUGAAAUCUUUAAUUUUAUGAGACGAUGCCUGCCUCGCCGUAAGAUGCAGAGAGCGGUGCUGUACUGCGUGCGAAGACUUGGCACUACCUGAUUACACAAUUUUAGCUAAUUGGGAAGAGAGGUGAAGUAUUUCAUGAGGUGCUUGUUGUUUUCACUUUGUUUUUGUGGUACUGGGGUCAAAUCCAGUGCUCAGCUCAUUAAGUUUUUAUGCGCAUUUCUCACUAGGUCGCGGAUGAGGUCCAGGGAUUGUGUAUUGUGUGUCUCGUUGCCUUUGAUCGUCUUUCUUUUGAGUUCUCUGCUAUUUUUCUUUCUUUGAUACUGGGGAUGGAACUCAGGUCUUUGCACUUGAGGGGCAGGCGG